AGAAAUCAAUAUCUAAUUAAUCAAACUAAUCUUAUUUUAAAUCAAAUAUUCCUUUUAAAUAACAGUUCAGAACUCAAUUUGAGUAAUUAUUUAUUUUCCUUUUCAGGCUUGGAUAAUUUUAGGCGCCAACAACCUGUUUAACCAUGAGAUUCAGGAUCACUUAAUCAAAACCUUUACCCACUUUUAGCUUUGCAAAUAAGGGUCAAUUAAUGGCCAGGAGCCUCAGUUGACACACAUUUCAAAAUCACACGAAAAAGUGCAUUUUCUGAGAUGAAGAGCUUGUUACCAAAAUUUAAUGCAGAAUUAAAUGACGAGCUUUACCAAAGUAAAUUAUACAUGUAAAGUAUGGUAACUAUUGGCGGAGGUUUGAAAAUUUGCAAACACUGACAUUUCAAGUUGUCAUUUGGAUUGACCUGUAAGAAAGCGUUUCUUUUGAAAGAUGAAUCAAUCGUUAGAAAUUUUGCUAAAAAGGUCGAGAAGUGUACACAAGAGGCCUUUUUACACACGGAAAUUGCAAUAUUAAUUACAACUCACUAUUUGAUUUGCUAAGUGUAGCUGGUUGCAUUUAACGCGAAGAAACUUGAAACCAGACAGGCAGCUAUAAGAUAAAAAAGAUUGAACUGAAAUAAAAAUCGAUUGACGACGCAUUCUCUGAUGGAGAUGUCUAUUAAACUGCGUUUUGUGGUGACGUUGUGCCUCGUUGAAGCGUUCACAUUCACCGUUCAUAACAAGGCGGCCUCAAUUGGUUUUGUAUACAAGACAAUCAAAGAUGUGGAAUGGUUUUCUUGUAUCAUCGCUUGCCAAGAAGACCUCGCCUGCAUUUCAUACCAUUUUUGCGUAGUGGAAGACCACGACAUCACUGGUACCGGUACUUGUUCUCUUAAUAACUGCAACCUAAACGACCCCUGCUCUAACGAAGCUUCAUUAAUUUGGACUCCUGGUUGCACGUUUCAACAGCUUGAGAAAAGAAAGGCAACAUGUGACCAUAAAAGACUGCUUCGCAACGAGGAAACAGGAGUUGUCAAGGCGAGUUUAAGCUGCAAAGACAGCAUGAAAAUUUAUGUGGAUGGCAGACAGGAGACCGAUAUGAUGAACUGUAAAAAAUUUCAUCAGUUUUGGGCCUAUAAUUUUACCAUUUUGCCGACAGCUCAACUCAUCGCUAUCGAAGUAGAAAGUGUUAAAAAGCCUUAUGUCAUCGGUUCGUUUAGUGAUGGCAUAGUCACCAACUCCAGCUGGAAGUGUACAUCAGGUACUGAACUAAAUUGGCAGAGACCAGGAUUAAAUGACUCGCUGUGGAAAAGUGCAGUAGAACACUGUGGCAGUAAUAAAGAAAGUGAUGAGGGAUAUAAAAAAUAUGGAGUCCAGUCUCACGGUGCAAGAUGGAUCACAAGCGCAGAUGAUGGACAGCAAAAUAUGUAUUGUAGAUUAAAUCGCUUCGUUUGACGUGACGUGUUCCAGACUUAGUGAGAAUAAACACAUCUCAU